AUGGCUGAGAACUGGCUGGACUGCCCAGCCCUGGGCCCUGGCUGGAAGCGCCGAGAGGUCUUUCGCAAGUCAGGUGCUACCUGUGGACGCUCAGACACUUAUUACCAGAGCCCCACAGGAGACCGGAUCCGAAGCAAAGUUGAGCUGACCCGAUACCUGGGCCCCGCGUGUGACCUCACCCUCUUUAACUUCAAGCAAGGUGUCCUAUGCUAUCCAAACCCCAAGACGCACGCUUUGGCUGGCCCUGGCAGAAAGCGGAAGAAGCCUGCAAGGCCUGUCAAAACUCAGCACUGUCAGGUUGAACCAUGUAGGGAGGAGGUUCAGAAUGAGACCCCAGGCGAUGAGACCAAGGCUGACACUGACACUGACACAGCCCCAGCGUCUUUCCUUGCAUCUGGGUGCUGCGAGAACUGUGGAAUCAACUUCUCAGUAGAUGUUACCAGGAGGCAGCGACUCAAGACAUUAUGCAAGGACUGCCGAGCGCAGAGAAUUGCCUUCAACCGAGAGCAGAGAAUGUUUAAACGUGUGGGCUGCGGGGAGUGCACGGCCUGCCAGGUGACUGAGGACUGUGGGGCCUGCUCCACCUGCAUCCUGCAGCUGCCCCAUGAUGUGGCCUCCGGGCUGUUGUGCAAGUGUGAGCGGAGACGCUGCCUUCGGAUUGUGGAAAGGAGCCGAGGGUGUGGAGUGUGCCGAGGCUGUCAGACCCGAGAAGACUGUGGCCGCUGCCGAGUCUGCCUCCGCCCACCCCGCCCAGGCCUCCAACGUCAGUGGAAGUGUGUCCAGCGACGCUGCCUGCGGGGCAAACUUGGCCGCCGCCGAGGAGGCUGCGAUUCCAAAAUGGCAUCCAGGCGGCGCCCCCAAGUCCAGCAGUUGCCUCCAACACCCCUUUUGCAGUCUCCAGAGCCCACAGAGCUGCACCCCAGAGCCCUGGCCCCCUCGCCACCUGCUGAGUUCAUCUAUUACUGUGUAGACGAGGACGAGCUAAAGCGGCUCCUGCCCAGUGUGUGGGCAGACUCUGAAGGUGGAGCAGAGCUGCCCUCACCCUACCAUCGUCACAGGAAGCCUGUUUCAACCCGCCGGUCCCAUCUGGGGCCCACUCUGAAGUCUCCCUUGGCCAUGCCCAUAGUCCGAUCAGGCCAUGCUCAGGCUUUGAUGAAACAGGAGACAGGCAGUGGCUUUGUGUUGCCCCCACCUGGCACUGACCUUGUGUUCCUACGUGAGGGCGCAAGCAGUCCUGUACCUGUACCUGUGCCUGGCCCCACCUUUUCCACAGAAGCUCCGUUACAGGCAGUAGACCCAGUCCUGCACCUUGUGAAGCAGGAGCCACCGGACCCCGAGGAGAACAGGGAUGACACCCCUUCCGACUCAGCCCCUGAGGAGGAGGCAGGAGGGGCUGGCACACCUGUGAUCACAGAGAUUUUCAGCCUGGGUGGAACCCGCUUCCGGGACACAGCAGUCUGGUUACCAAGGGCAGGCAGUCGGGAAGGGAAGAUGGCUGUAAAGUGUGGGCAAGCGAGGACAUACUGGAGCCCACGGGCAAGCUGGAGCCCACGGGCAGGAGCUGGAGCCCACGAGGAUAGCCUGGAACCCAUAUCUGUCGUCCACCACGUCCAGCUUCGAUGA